UUAUAACAAGACACAGGGAAACCGAGAAUACAUAAAACACGAGUACGUCUGGUGGUUACUGCACUGAGAACCGGAACAAUCUGGUGAAGAAUGGCUGGAAAAAACUGGGGUAGAUAUACUCUGUGGGGUUGAUGAAUCGAUAGGCACCAGGUAUAAUCUCUGGAAUGAUCUGAAAGGCGCUAACUGGAAAGCUCUUCCCAGCCGUCUACACACAUGCACACACACACACACACACACACAUACACAAAAGACGCGCUGGAGACGCGUGGGAGAGAAACACAGGGAAACACACAACCAGCCAUAGUCAUGAUAGUUUAUGCACCUAGUGGAACAGAGAUAGCAAAAGCACGAACUAGUUUUUCUGCAUCAUGUAGUGAUAUCAUAUAUCUUAUUUUAGCAAUAUUUCUGAGAUGAAAGAAGGCUAUCCUAGAAAAUGAUAGAUACUCCCUCAGUUAAUCAUCUGGUGCCUCAUAGCUGUGUGUUUACAUAGAGUAAGUGGCAACUUUUUCAUUUUAAAUCCACCAAGCUUUCAGUGUCAUGGAGAUUGGUUAAGAAGCGUGUUGUUUUACUGACGUAAUGAAAAACUGCAGCGCAGGUAAUAAUUGUUUGGCAUUGUGAUCAUUCCAUUUCUAACCAGGGGUUGUUGUUUGCAGUUGUUUUUCAAGGCAAUAUGUUUGGAACUUGAGUGCUCCUAAACCUCCUUGAGGUUUGCUUUGCUGUACAGUUGCUAGUUAAUUCUUAGUUUCUUGUCUAUCCAGUAAAAUGUGUUUACACUAGAGUGAACUGAUUGCUAGAGGUUUUAAUUUCUAUAACUGAGAUUAGAUAGUUAACUUUAGAUAAUAAUGACAUUUUUAUAGUUGUUGCUUUGCCAGUUAAAGUGAUUGGUAGGUUCAUCCCCACUGCAGAUCAUUUUAUUUUUAACAGUGGUGUGCAAUUACAAUGAAAUAGGUCUAAGAGUUUGAGGGAAAUGAGGGGAUAAUUUGAUUUGGCUGGGUCUUGUAAAUAGAGUAGUAUAUUGUCUGCAUUACUGAUUUUAUGCAUUGUACUGUUAUUUUAAUAGCUGUAAUACAGUAAGACUGUCUUAUUGCUGCAGUGAGUAAUUUUGAGAAGAUAGCAAAUAGUGAUUUUCGUUUAACAUCAAGUGACUUUUAUAAAUUGUGGUGAGAUUGUUUGCCAAAAGUGUUGAUAAAAUUCUUCCAGAAAUUCAUUCGGUCCUGGGGCCUCUUUUAAAAAGCACAAAAAUGGGUCUGGAAUGUGCGUACGCAACCUCCUAUGCAGAAACGGGGAGUUAUAAGAAAUACUUAUGGGAAAUUGGGCGUAUAUUUAUGGAAACCACCAGUAACAUUUUAGAAACAGUGGGAAUUAGCGACAACCUGUGGAUAUGUAGGGAAUUACAGCUAAAUGUGCAAAUCACUGCUUUGGCACUUUACACUUCAUAUUAAAUUACGCAACUCCAUAAUAACUGCAUACAGGCUGCUUGGACAUGAGAAGCAGUAAAGCAACCUGUAUUAUUUUUUAGUAUUUUUUGUAUUUAUUUUUGUACACUUUAGUAGAUUAUUUGUAUGGUUAGUUAGUCUUUUUCAAUGCAUUGAUAUUUAUUGCUCCAAUUAACUUUUUGCAGUCUAUAGUUUGAUUAAUCCCCUCUCUGAAUGAAAUAAUCAACUGUUUUGUAUUGGUAUUAAUUCUUUGGGCUUGUCCAGGUUGUAAACAGCUGUGAAGAAAUUUCACACAUUGGCAGAUAUAGAUAAAUAGGCUCGAGAAUGAUAUAAAUAAUAAUUAGCUGAAUUAGCUUAGGUAGGGAAUAUGCCAAUCCUUAAGUGCCAUCAAGCUACCCGUAUCGGUUGGCAAAAUGUAUUAUUUAUUUUGAUCAGUUAGUGUAUUGUUUGUCUUUUAGAGCUUUUAGUUGCUGGCUGAGUGUUUUUGCUUUGUUUCUUUUUAGUAGGUUGCCAAGCAUUUUCCUGAUUUAAUGUUAUAUGCCAAACUAGUGUAUUUGAUUUUUUUUGUAGCAUGAAUUUUCUUUUUUUUAUUAAUGAUAUCAUUUAGUUGAAGGUGAAGUUUACUCAGUUCUGUUUGAGAAAUGUUUUGAUUGUAAUUACUAAAUGUGUGAAAUAAGGAGCACAGUGUGUAUGUGUGUGUGUGUGUUUUACAAACCUCGCCCUGUCUUCUGUAACUGAAAGUGAAACUCAAAAGCUCCAUUCUGUAAUGAAGGGAAAAAGAGUUUCAGCAGUAAAAACCCAGGUUCUAGAAUGGGAAAGAGAUCAGACUCGCGAAAGCCCAGCUGUGUGUCCAUGAAGAGUGACCAGUCGAUGGAACAACCGAAGAACUUCAGAGAUGAAGACAGUUCUACUAGUCAGAGACCAGAAAAAGUGAUCUUAAAAAGGCAGAAGUCAGACACCCUCAGUCGAAAUCAGCUGGAGUCCAUAUUUAAGAAGCUUGAGGAAAAAGUGAUCACUCUGAUAAAAAAUGAGCUGAAAUCAUUUAAGAAGCUCCUGAGUCCAGAUUACCCAGCAUGCACUGAGAGGGAGGUGGAGCAUGUGGAGGAUCUGCACAGUGUCAGAGAUGGAGCGCUGAAGAUCACACUGCACGUCCUGAAGGACAUGAACCAUACAGAUCUCGCUAACACACUACAGACUAAGCUCAUAUAUCAAGGAAAACUCAAAUCCAACCUGAGAGAGAAGUAUAAAAGAAUUAAUGAAGGAAUCUCACAUCAUGGAAGCUCAGCUCUUCUGAAUGAGAUCUACACAGAUCUCUACAUCACAGAGGGUUGGAGUGGAGACGUCAAUAAUGAACAUGAGGUGAGACAGAUUGAGACAGCGUCCAGGAGACCAGCAACACAGGAGACACCCACCAAAUGUAAUGAUCUCUUUAAAGACAAGUCCAUCAGAAGUGUCCUGACUAAAGGAGUUGCUGGAAUUGGAAAAACAGUCUCUGUGCAGAAGUUCAUUCUGGACUGGGCUGAAGGAAAAGCAAAUCAGGACGUCUUCUUCAUGUUUCCACUUCCCUUUAGAGAGCUGAAUCUGAUGAAGCAGAAAAAUCUCAAUCUGAUGAAUCUUCUUCAUCACUUUUUCCCAGAAAUUAAAGAAUUAACAUCAAUAGACUGUGACUCCUACAAAGUGGUGUUGAUCUUUGAUGGUCUGGAUGAGUGUCGACUUCCUCUAAAUUUCCAGAACAAUGAGAGAUUGUGUGAUGUGACAGAGUCAGCCUCAGUAGAUGUGAUGCUGACAAACCUCAUCAAGGGGAAUCUGCUUCCCUCUGCUCUCCUCUGGAUAACCUCUCGACCAGGAGCAGCCAAUCAGAUCCCUCCUGAGUGUGUAAACCAGGUAACAGAGGUACGAGGGUUCAGUGAUCCUCAGAAAGAGGAGUACUUCAGGAAGAGGAUCAGUGAUCAGAGCCUGGCCAGUAAAAUCAUCACACACAUGAAGUCUUCAAGAAGCCUCUACAUCAUGUGCCACAUCCCAGUCUUCUGCUGGAUCUCAGCCACUGUUCUAGAGAGAAUGUUGUGUGAAGCAGAGAGUGGAGAGAUCCCCAAGACUCUGACUCAAAUGUUCACACACUUCCUGAUCUUUCAGAUCAAACACAAGGACCAAAAGUACCAUCGGAAGUGUGACUCUGAUCCUCAGCAGACCAGAGAGAGUAUCCUGGCACUGGGAAAACUGGCUUUCCAACAGCUGGAGAAAGGAAACCUGAUCUUCUAUGAGGAAGACCUGAGAGAGUGUGGCAUUGAUAUCAGAGAAGUGUCAGUGUACUCAGGAGUGUGUACCCAAAUCUUCAGAGAGGAGUUUGGGCUUCACCUGGGGAAGGUGUUCAGCUUUGUACAUCUGAGUGUUCAGGAGUUUCUGGCCGCUUUAUACGCAUUUCUCUCCUUUGUCUUGAAAAAGAGAAAUGUGUUUGUGGAGCAAAGGACUAGAAUUUUCCAUAGCUUCAGAAAUCGAAAGGUGUAUGCCUUCCUGAAGAGUUCAGUGGACAAGGCCUUACAGAGUGAGAAUGGACACCUGGACCUGUUCCUCCGUUUCCUUCUGGGUCUCUCACUGGAGUCCAAUCAGACUCUCUUACAAGACCUCCUGCCUCAAACAAGAAGCAGCUCUCAACGCAAACAGAAAACAGUCGAGUAUAUCAAGGAGAAGAUCAGGGAGAAUCCAUCUCCAGAGAAAUCCAUCAAUCUGUUCCACUGUCUGAAUGAACUGAAUGAUCGUUCUCUAGUGCAAGAAGUACAACAUUACCUGAACAGAACAGAUAACAGUCGUCUCAGUGGAGUCAGACUCUCUCCUGCUCAGUGGUCCGCUCUGGUGUUUGUAAUUCUGAACUCAGAAGAAGAGCUGGAUGUAUUUGAUUUGAGUAAAUAUGACAGAUCAGAUGAGUGUCUUCUGAGGCUGCUGCCAGUCGUUAAAGCCUCCAGAAAAGCUGUGUUGUGUGGUUGUUAUCUGACAGAGGAAAGCUGUAGAGCUCUGUCCUCAGUUCUCGGCUCAAACUCCUCCAGUCUGAGAGAACUGGACCUGAGUGAGAACAAUCUGCAGGAUUCAGGAGUGAAGCUGCUCUCUGCUGGACUGGAGAAUCCACACUGUACACUGGAGACACUGAGGCUGUGUAACUGCAGUAUUACAGGUGAAGGCUGUGUUUCUCUGACUUCAGCUCUGAAAUCAAACCCUUCAUCACACCUGAGAGAACUGAACCUGAAAUAUAAUAAUCCAGGAGAAUCAGGAGUGAAGCAGCUCUCUGAUCUACUGAAGGAUCCACACUGUAAACUGGAGAAACUACAGCUGUGUCAGUGCAACCUCACAGAGAAAAGCUGUAGAGCUCUGUCCUCAGUUCUCAGCUCAGACUCUGAAACUAGUCUGAGAGAACUGGACCUGAAUAACAACAAUCUGCAGGAUUCAGGAGUGAUGCUGCUCUCUGCUGGACUGAAGAAUCCACACUGUACACUGGAGAUACUGAGGCUGGAAGGUUGCAGUAUUACAGGUGAAGGUUGUGCUGCUCUGGCUUCAGCUCUGAAAUCAAAUCCUUCAUCACACCUGAGAGAACUGAACCUGAAGUAUAAUCAACUAGGUGCAAAAGAAGUGAAGCAGCUCUCUGAACUACUGAAGGAUCCACACUGUAAACUGGAGACACUACUGAUCUGAUCUGAGUCUCUCACACACAGAGGAGUUUGAUGAGCUCCUACAGAAAAAAAUACACACUAUGUGAUUUUACAUGGUGAGCUGUGUGCUUGGGUUCUUAUUCGUCAAUUCUUUGAACACAGCUGCAGCACAGGACUGUGCUCUUCCCAUGACCUCCUGUGCAUUAUGCAUUACAAUAAUAUCCUGCAACUCAUCAUAUGUAAAUCAAAUCUUAACUUAGCUACAGAUUUUUGCUCACUGAAUGUAGCUUUAGAUGCUGAGGGUCUAUAUUUUGUCUAUAUUUUUGUCUGUCAUUUAUGAGAUAAAGUUUAAAUCAAUUUUAAAGGACAUUAAAACUGACUCCGUUGGUAAAUGUUACUGUACAUAACUGCUAUUCUCCACCUUUUUAUGAUGCUUUGUUCAUGGUAUUGCAUAACCUUUUUAUGCCACCCUCUUGGCAGUUUGGGUUGAGAUGAAAAGAUUAAUAUGAAACGAUAGAUCAGAAUUUCAGCUUUUAUUUCCUGAUAUUAACAUCUAGAUGUGUUAAACAACUUAGAACAUGGCACAUUCAAAUAGUGGCAAUACAAUCUGAAUAAAUAAUAAAUCUCACUAUUGGCUAAAGACAAAGCCUUACUCCAAAAUGAACCUUUAGUUUGUGUUUUGUGUUUCAGCACAGUAAAACUGCAACAUAAAUUAAUCAAGCAGAAAAAUAUAAAUUCUGGAUAUAAAUUUAUCCCUAAUGAGAAGCGAUGAUGGCAAGAGCAGCCUAAAGAGAAAUGAGAUUACUGUGAAUUGUACCACAUAGAAACCAUAAAGAUGGCUGUGGAUUUUCUUCCUUUGGUAGCCUUAGAACUGCAACAGUUUUGCACUCAAAUAGAUUUUAAGUUAAAACUAUAAAGAAUUCAGAAAUGAGUUAAAAAUAAGAAAAGAAAAAACUAUUCACUAAAGGCUUGACUAAACAAAUAUGUUUUCAGCCGAGACUUAAACACUGAGACUGUGUCUGAGCCCCAAACACUAAGUGGAAGGCUGUUCCAUAACUGUGGGGCUUUGUAUGAGAAAGCUCUACCCCCAGCUGUAGCCUGCACUAUUCGAGGUACCAACAAAGAGCCUGCACCUUUUGAUCUGAGUAGGCAGAUCAUAAAAGACCAAAAGUUCGCUCAGGUACUGUGGCGCGAGACCAUUUAGUGCUUUAUAGGUCAAUAGUAGUAUUUUAUAAUCAAUGUGAAAUUUGAUUGGGAGCCAAUGCAGUGUGGAUAAGAUAGGGGUGAUGUGCUCAUAUCUUCUGGUUCUAGUAAGGACUCUCGCUGCUGCAUUCUGGACUAACUGGAGCUUGUUUAUGCUCCUACUGGACUCUUCAUGUGUGAAUUAUUUAAAUAGCUCAAAAUAAUAUAAGCAAUACCUUAGACUGAAGCGUUAAAAAAUAUUGGCUAUUGUUACAUAUGGUACAUUUUGGCCAACACUGGAUGAGUUACUUCAAAAGUAAAAGAAAUCUAUUUAAAAUAAUACAUUAUCAAACCCAACAGAUUUAACCAUUGCUUUGACAUUUUAAUUUUUCCAGAAUGUCUAAUGCCUAAAGACAGGAUUCUUUACAUGGUGCAUAUUUAAUCACAUUGUUAUACAUUCCAAUCAUUGUCACAUGUCUGUAUGUGAAGUUCAGCUAUAACAAAAAUAGCCUUGUUAUACGUCCAGUUAUGCAACUACAAGUCUAGAAUUGUCUGUAAUAUACAAAUGACUCAUUUAAGCAAUUUACUGAAAAUUUACUGCCUGUGUUUAUGUUGCCAAAUGAAGUCAAACAUAAAGACAGUAUGUUGAGAAACUUUCCUCCUCUUCUCUGAUUCAGCAUUCAAGAGUUCAGGAAAUCAUCUCCCCUGUUUAUUCUACUGCUAAACUUUACUGCAAUUACACUUUUUUUUUUGUUUUUCCAAAAACCUGAUGAAAUCAUGCAUUUUCUCCAUUUAGUAGGAUAUAUUAUUUCCAAAGAUAUACAGUGAGCUAAAAUGUUUGCACACAUUUAAGCCAUAUACUGUAGAUUAUAUGUUUCUUAUUAUGAACUCAAAAAAAUAGAUCAUUGGUGUAAAUUAAUAUAAUUAUGACACACAAUUCCAUACAUUUGAAUAGUGUUAACUUAAUCUAGGCAAAUGGAACACAAGAGCAAAAUUCAUCUUGACCCAAUGAGAUCACAUCAUUUUCAUUUGAAUUAUUUUGUGGAAUUUACUUGAAAAAAAUUAACUCUUGUUGAGCCAAUUAAUCCUAACCACUUUAUUUAAGCAUAACUGGAAAUGUUGCUGUUUAACUAAACAACUUUAUUUACUUUAAACAAACUUUUAAUCUCUGACAUUUCCAUUAAAAUGUA